ACCUUGUCACGUGCUUUUUCAUGUCGGAUCAGUAGGAAAAAUGUCUACCAAGAGGCCUAGAAGAUGAAAUUCAUUUCGCGUCCAUAAACUAUUAGGUUAUCAUUAGAUCUUUUGAAAAUUAUGCAAAUGAAAGAGAAUUGACAGUUUCAUGAAUAAAACACCGUUUUGAGAGAGGAAGUUUCAUUGCGUAAGAUUAUUCCUUAUCUCGGAAACUCAUUUCCUUGUCAGAAAAACAACAAAGAUGGCGACAGACUCGGGCACCUCCUACUAUCAGGGAGGUGCCAUAGUCAACUCCUACACGGAAAUUGGGAAGAGGUUUGGAUUCGACCCAAACUUAACUGAGAAUGACUUACAACAGAGGUUGGAGGAAAUGAGGGAACAUCUCAAAAAGGAAAUCAGAAAGGAGAUGAAGAUCAAAGAGGGGGCGGAGAAGUUGAAGGAGGUGACAACUGAUAAGAAGAGUAUGUCCGAUGUCCAGAGUAUUGUGAAGAAGUCUAAUAACAAGCUGAAGGAACUCCAGAAUGACUUACAGGAAAUCAACGCCUAUCUCCUGGUGUCCAACAGCACCAGCUUCCACGAUACUCUGUCAGAUGACAAGGAGAGAGAUAAGGAUGCGGGGGACAUGGAUCCCGUGUCACAGAGACUGACUUCUCUACAAAAACAGUAUAACAUCGAAAACAAGGUGAAGCAGGGAGCUGAAAACAUGAUUAAUAUGUACAGCAGUGGCAAUUUUCGUGACAAGAAGAUGCUUGCCGAGGCCCAACAGAUGUUGUCUGAUGCGAAAACUAAAAUGGAAAUCAUCAGAAUGCAGAUUCUCAAAGUUACUCAAGAUGCUACAAAUACAGACGAUGCCAGCCAGCGUUGUGAGGUGUUGUCUCCCUUUGAGUUGAGGAUUGAGGAGAUGCGACAUCAUCUAAAGAUAGAAGCGGCUGUACAAGAGGGGGCCAAGAAUGUCCUGAAGCUGCUUCAGAACACCAAGUCUCCCGACAGUAAAGCUCUGAAAGAGGCAACACUGAAACUGACAGAAUCAAGUCAGAAACUUGAGCUGUUAAGAAUCUCAUUGGAAAAUCGGUGCAAUGAACUUGAACCCAAGUCUAAAAAGAUUGAAAUGCUGAAGAAAGAGCUGGAUUCCGUUACAAUGUCCCCAGGCUAUGCUACGUUAACCAGAGACUCAAAGGCACAAAAUUCCUCUCCUUUCUCGAAAUCAGCAGCCAUUACAGGCAAACUGGAAGUUAGGCUUGUUGGUUGCCAAGGGUUACUAGAAGACAUUCCUGGAAGAAAAAAGGACAACUUACAACUUCUGUUGUCAAGUCCUGGUGAAAGUAAAAGUUUACUCCGGGGAUCAAAACGGAGCAGCACCAAAACAUACACUGUGAAGGAGGAGUUAUCGAAUGAGGUGAUGGCAGUGGUAAAACUAGACAACCAACAGAUGGCUCAGACAAGCUGGAAAUCUCAUAGCCAGCAGUGCUGGGAUCACAGAAUUAGUAUAGAACUAGACAGAUCUAGAGAAUUAGAAAUAGCAAUAUACUGGCGAGAUUGGAGGCAAAUGGCAGCUAUUAAAUUCCUGAGACUGGAGGAUUUCCUGGAUAACCAGCGACAUGGCAUGGCCAUUCAUCUGGAACCACAGGGAAUACUGUUUGCUGAGAUUACAUUUUUAAAUCCCACUUUGUCCAGAAUACCCAAGCUACAAAGACAGAGAAAAAUAUUUCCCAAACACAAAGGGAAGGACAUUUUGAGAGCGAAACAAGUCAAUAUUAAUGUUGCCACUUGGGGGCGUUUAAUGAAAAGGUCACUGCCUCAACAGUGUGUGGACUCCAAUGCCCUCACCCCACCUACUCAAAUUACCUCUCCAGGUAUAAUGGCUUCAGACAGGGGGCCCCCUAUUCACCAGAUUAAUUUUGAGCCGAUGUCCCCCGAGGAUAGACCCCCUCGUGUACCUGAUUCUUCUCCGCCUUCCAUACUUUAUAAACAAAAUGAAUUCACAACGCCCCCUCACCAACAAGAAAUAGCUGUACAGGAUGCCUUGAAGUCUUUUGACUUCCUGCCAGAUGAUCAUCAGUCCAAUGUCAUUGAUCUGGACAAUAUGGAGCCACCUCCAGUAGAUAAACGGCCGGUGUCUUACAAGGAAUAUCGUGCUCCAUCUCCCCCCUCUGUCCAAUCACGCCUGCCUUCUCACUCCGCAGCAGAAACGCCCAAGUCUUCCAGGACUCAGUCAUAUGCAAUGGAAACCGACUAUUCGAGCCAGCAUGUGAACAUGGAUGAGUUCAGGCCUAUCAGUGUACUGGGACGAGGGCAUUUCGGAAAAGUUAUCCUGGCGGAGUAUAAGAAUACCAAUGAAUAUUAUGCCUUAAAAGCUCUGAAAAAACCAGACAUCAUAGCCCGAGAUGAAGUCGAAAGCUUGAUGUCGGAGAAGAGGAUCUUCGAAGUUAUUAAUUCCAUGCGCCAUCCAUUCCUUGUUAAUCUAUUUGCUUGUUUUCAAACAGAGGCUCACGUGAUUUUUGUGAUGGAGUACGCCUGUGGAGGAGACUUAAUGAUGCAUAUCCACAGCGACGUGUUCUCCGAGCCUCGCACUGUGUUUUACUCUGGUUGUGUGGUCUUAGGUCUCCAGUAUUUACAUGAGCAUAGUAUUGUGUAUAGGGAUUUGAAAUUAGAUAAUUUACUACUAGACCAGGAGGGUUAUUUGAAGAUAGCAGACUUUGGGUUGUGUAAGGAGGGGAUGGGCUUCGGUGACAGGACCAGCACAUUCUGUGGUACCCCAGAGUUCCUCGCCCCUGAGGUUCUGACCGAGACGUCGUACACGAGAUCAGUGGACUGGUGGGGCCUUGGUGUACUUAUUUUUGAAAUGCUGGUGGGAGAGUCCCCCUUCCCAGGAGAUGACGAGGAGGAGGUGUUUGAUAGCAUCGUAAAUGAGGAGGUCCGAUACCCCCGCUUUUUGUCCACGGAGUCCAUAGCCAUCAUGAGAAGGCUUUUGAGAAGGAAUCCGGACCGCAGACUGGGAUCAAGUGAAAGAGAUGCUGAAGACGUAAAGAAACAAGCCUUCUAUAGGAAUUUGGCUUGGGAUGACUUGCUCAUGAAGAAAGUCAAGCCUCCUUUCGUUCCAACAGUGAAACAUUCUGAAGAUGUGAGCAAUUUUGAUGAAGAGUUUACUCAAGAGCGAGCUGUGCUAACUCCUGCCAAAGACCGUAAAUCAUUAUCUGCUGAAGAUCAAAUACUGUUCAAAGACUUUAAUUACAUUGCUGAUUGGUGCUAGCAGUAAGGUCGAAGGUCACCUAUCUGAAACAUUCUGCUUCAGUAUUUCUUCCAGUGUACACGAUGCCAGCAUUUUUUACUGGUGUUGAUCAAGCAAACAGAAUAAGCAAUGCGGAUUAAAGAUUGCUAAUUUUGUGAAACGUUGCUUGAAUCACAUACCACAAAGUAUUAUAUGUUAGAACAAAACCACUGCUUUUCUGUUGGGAGGUUAUAAAGAAAACAUUUAUGCACGUCAUCAUACCAUGUAGCAAGAACAAAUUCGCACUGAUUUCCCCAUUUCAUUGUCAUUAGUUCUGGAACAGGGAUGAAUAUCGUUAGUUGCCAUUCAUUUCUGUAAACUACAGGGAAAAAUAAACUGCAAAGAGUUGUGCAAAUCUACAAGGGUUAAAUGUUGGUGCAUUCGGUCAUAAUAUUGUUCAGACAAGAUAUUUGUGGGAGAGCACCUGCUCUGAUGGUGGACGGUGACUAAACUACAAGAGCACCUGCUCUGAUGUAUUCGGUGACUGAUCUACAAGCACCUGCUCUGAUGGUGGACGGUGACUAAACUACAAGAGCACCUGCUCUGAUGUAUUCGGUGACUGAUCUACAAGCACCUGCUCUGAUGGUGGACGGUGACUAAACUACAAGAGCACCUGCUCUGAUGGUGGACGGUGACUAAACUACAAGAGCACCUGCUCUGAUGGUGGUCGGUGACUGAUCUACAAGAGCACCUGCUCUCAUGGUGGACGGUGACUAACUACAAGAGCACCUGCUCUGAUGGUGGACGGUGACUAAACUACAAGAGCACCUGCUCUGAUGGUGGUCGGUGACUGAUCUACAAGAGCACCUGCUCUCAUGGUGGACGGUGACUAACUACAAGAGCACCUGCUCUGAUGGUGGACGGUGACUAAACUACAAGAGCACCUGCUCUGAUGGUGGUCGGUGACUGAUCUACAAGAGCACCUGCUCUGAUGGUGGACGGUGACUAAACUACAAGAGCACCUGCUCUGAUGGUGGUCGGUGACUAAACUACAAGAUCACCUGCUCUGAUGGUGGAUGGUGACUGAUCUACAUGAUAAUAUCUUCCCCCCCACUACUGUGAUAUUUCUUUAAUGUUUUUGGUGAAGAUGUGUGCAUCACAGCGUCCGUUAGGAUGGAGCUGAAUACUGAAUGAUAUGAAUACUUGGAAAGUUAUGAAUUAAUUAGAGCAUUAGCUUUGUAAACAUUUCAUAUUGAUUGUUGCUAUUGAGGGAAUUCAUUGCCCAGUUAUUUUAUUGGGAGUUAUUACGAAUAAAUAUAAAAUAAG